CCGUUUGUCUGUUUUUCCCUCUUUUUUUCUUUCUUUACAGAGUAUUACAGUCGGUAAUUCUAGGUGCCCGUAACUUCUAACAGGGGGGUCCAUUGAAGUUGCCGUUCCGUCCUGGCCUGGCCUGGUCUGUUUUCUUUUCUUUUCUUUCUGUGAAGAUCCUUACUUGCUUAUUCAUAUUCUGGACUCAACUUCAACCCUCCCUAAAAUUUUAGAUCCGGCCUCUGGAGUCUCCUGUGGACUUGGUCGACUUAAGCGUGUAUCCGUCGUAUCCGUCGUAUUCUCUGCCCACCGUCAUAGUUACCGACUUCUCGACGUCUUUCUUCGGUCCGUCACUGAACCCUCGAUAAUCCCCACAAACCAAAAGACCAAACGAUCAACCCUUUCCUUAGUCCCUGGAGGAGGAAGCUUGGUCCAAGACAGUUGCUUGAUUUCGAGCUGUUGGCCAGCCCCCCAACCCCCCAAGCCCAAUAGCAAAUACCGAAACCCAGAACUUUCCCUCUUUUCCCCUCCUGCAGACCCUUGGUGAAGACGAAGCUCCGUAAAACGCGUCAUCUCGUCUCUCAUCCGCACACUCCUGGCCCUCGGUAGAUAUCUGGGGAAGGGGACCACCACCGGCACUCGCUGCUCUCCAUCUCUCUCGGAUUCAGACCUGGUCCCGCGUCCGGCUGCCUCUCACGACGACCUCACUUCUCGGUCCCCGCAGCCUCACCCGCCCGCCAUGGCAAAGGUCCGCCGGAACAGCGCCAUCACGGCCGCCGUGUGCUAUUUUCUCGCCAUUAUCUUCCUCAUCCUCGUCAUCAUCGGCAACACCUCCAUCAAGCCCGUCCUGACCGACAUUUACUUCUUCAAGCUCGACGUGAGCGACAUCAUCCCCCUCUCGUCCGCCAACGCCGUCCUCCUCAACUCUGUGGCAAGGAGCCUGGGCCUCCACGACUUUUACCAGGUCGGCCUGUGGAACUUUUGUGAGGGCUACAAUGAUGAGGGCGUCACCUACUGCUCGACCCCCAAGCGCAUGUGGUGGUUCAACCCUAUUGAGAUCAUGACCAAUGAGCUGCUUGCCGGUGCCACCAUCGCCCUGCCCUCCCAGGUCACCACCAUCCUCAAUAUCCUCCGCAUCGGCCAGCAGGUCAUGUUUGGCCUCUUCAUCUCGGGCAUCUCCCUCGCCGCCGCCCUCCUCCUCGCGACUCCCGUCGUCAUGCGCUCGCGCUGGUGGAGCCUGCCCGUCGCCAUCUUCGCCGCCAUCGCCGGCCUGCUGGUCACCGUCGCCUCCAUCAUCGGGACCGUCAUGAGCGUCGGCGCCCGCAUCGCCCUCACCCAGCAGCAGGAGCUCAACAUCAGCGCCAUUCUCGGCGUGCGCAUGUUCGUCUUCAUGUGGCUCGCCAGCGCCUUUGUCGACGUCGCCGCCAUCCUCCACAUGGCCAUGGGCUGCUGCUGCUCGCCCCGCAAGGAGAGGGAGGCCGCCGCCGCCGCUGCCGCCAACGGCACCCCCGAGAAGACGACCCAGACGACUGAGACCAGCGAAAAGUCAUCGAGGUUACCGGCGUUUAUGAGAAAGCGUAGCCCGAGGUCGUCGACAUCGUGAGUCGGCCAUCGCUCGGGGCACUGUCGAACGCUAGGUGCGCCCCAUCUCGGCUGACGCUCCUCCUGAGCGCGAAGCUAGAAUACGAUGAACAGUGAAAGAGAAGGAACAGAUGUUAGUACAUAUGUUGAAAGACACUCGAGCCUGGGUCGGGUCCUCCCGUUACCCGCCCGCAUGGACAAACAAUGGAAAUUGAAAUUGAAACUGAGCAAUGGCGUUGGUGGUUGCGGCGAAACGGGAUAAUCAUGACAAUAGACUUCUAGCGAAGGUUUCUGCUCCAGUGUAGUUGUAGAGAGGCGGAAUAACAUGCAUGCGCCAUGCAUAGGCGGGCAAUGGCCUACCGCGUAUUUCAUAAUCAUUAUCGAUUCUCCUGCUACAAACAAGAACUGCGUGCAAGGUUUUUGGGACAGUCGGAUAGGCGUUCGG